AUGGGAGAGGGGGCUCGAGGGAGGACACUGCUUCCCGCUGUGCAAAAGGUGGCUGAGUUUCUGCUGUACACAUGGGGCCAGGAGUGGCGGCAGCUCUUGGAGAUAGAAGUUCUGAAGAAGAUUCUGCUGGCAAACGGUAGCUUCAGCUUUGUGUUGCUGCUGUUGUUCUGCAAACGUAUGUGCUACAACCCUUUGCAAACACCCAGGAACACUUUGGAGAGACAUGAGAGGAGGGAAGGCCUGCUGGUCCAGGUGGCACUUGGAGUCAUUGAGAGUAACUGGAAUGAGAUCGUUGACAGCUUUGACGACAUGAACCUCUCUGAGUCCCUCCUUCGUGGCAUCUAUGCCUAUGGUUUUGAGAAGCCCUCUGCCAUCCAGCAGCGUGCCAUUCUUCCUUGUAUCAAGGGUUAUGAUGUGAUCGCUCAAGCCCAAUCUGGGACUGGGAAGACGGCCAUAUUCGCCAUAUCGAUUCUCCAGCAGAUUGAAUUGGAUCUGAAGGCCACCCAGGCCUUGGUACUAGCACCCACUUGGGAAUUGGCCCAACAGAUACAAAAGGUGGUCAUGGCAUUAGGAGAUUACAUGGGUGCGUCCUGUCACACCUGCAUCGGGGGCACCAAUGUGUGUGCUGAGGUGCAGAAGCUGCAAAUGGAAGCUCCGCACAUCAUCGUGGGCACCCCUGGCCACGUGUUCGACAUGCUUAACCGGAGAUACCUGUCUCCCAUGUACAUCAAGAUGUUUGUACUGGACGAAGCUGAUGAAAUGUUAAGCCGUGGAUUCAAGGACCAGAUCUAUGACAUCUUCCAGAAGCUCAACAGCAACACCCAGGUGGUUUUGUUGUCAGCUACAGUGCCUUCCGAUGUGCUUGAGGUGACCAAGAAGUUCAUGAGGAACCCCAUCCGGAUUCUUGUCAAGGAGGAGGAGCUGAUGCUGGAGGGUAUCCGCCAGUUCUACAUCAACGUGGAACGCGAGGAGUGGAAGCUGGACACACUGUGUGACUUGUACGAAACCCUGACCAUAACGCAGGCUGUCAUCUUCAUCAACACUCAAAGGAAGGUCGAUUGGCUCACUGAGAAGAUGCAUGCCCGGGACUUCACCGUCUCUGCCAUGCAUGGAGAUGUGGACCAAAAGGAGCGAGAUGUGAUCAUGAAGGAGUUCCGCUCUGGCUCUAGCCGAGUACUGAUUACCACUGAUCUGCUGGCCAGAGGCACUGAUGUACAACAAGUUUCUUUAGUCAUCAACUAUGACCUUCCCACCAACAGGGAAAACUGUAUUCACAGAAUUGGCCAUGGUGGACGCUUUGGCAGUAAGGGUGUGGCUAUUAACAUGGUGACAGAAGAAGAUAAGCGGACUCUCAGAGACAUCGAGACCUUCUACAGCACCUCCAUUGAGGAGAUGCCCCUCAAUGUUGCUGACCUCAUCUGAGAGGGGCUGUCCUGCCACUUAGCCCCAGCUGGGGUUCAGUCCUCAGGGGCUGAGGAGCAGCAGGAGGGGGGAGGGGAGGGAGCCAAGGGAUGGACAUCUUGUCAUUUUUUUCUUUUUUUUUUCUUUGAAUAAAUGUCACUUUUUGAGGCAAAAAAAACCAAA